GGGCUACGGUGCUCCAGUUCAACCCAUCAACAACAUGGGUCUAGAUAAAUAUGAAUAUUGUUAAAUUGGGCCUCUCCUUCACUCAUGCCGGCUUCCUCCGAAUUUCUCCUCCAAUUUCUCCAGCGUUUCAUCCAACACCCAAACCAAAUCAAACAGAUUCACUCCCUCCUCGUCGCCAAUCAUCUUCUCCUCAAUAAUCUGCAGAAUUCUUCCCCUUGGAAAUGGAGGACUACUCUCCUUUACAACGCCUUAAUAAGGGCUUAUUUAAACAUCUCCCCUCCUCGUUGUACCCUUCAGCUCUUCACCCAAAUGCUCGCCCAUGGAGUGAUCCCCAACAGCCAUACCUUCCCUCCCCUCUUCAAACUCGUAUCUUCUCCUUGUAGACCCCUCCAUUCCCAGGCCUUCAAGCGCGGGGUGUUGGUCGACCCAUUUGUGCAAACAUCAUUGCUUGGUGUGUAUGGUAAACUUGGUCACCUGAAUGAUGCGUGCAAGGUGUUUGAGGAAAUUCUGAACCCGUGCAUUGUCGCGUGUAAUGCAAUGCUUGAUGCUUUUGGGAGGAAUGGCGAUGUGGGUUCUGCUGUUUCGCUAUUUGAAAGCAUGAGGGAGCGUGAUGUGGUGUCCUGGACGAGUGUUAUUAAUGGGUUUGUGAGAAGCGGGAGGUUUAGCGAUGGGAUUCAGGUUUUCGAGAAUAUGGUGACGGUUGGUGAGGUCGGGAUGGGUUGUUUGGUGAAGCCAAAUGAAGCUACUUUUGUUAGCGUACUCUCUUGUUGUGCUAAUUUAGAUGGGGGAAUCGGUCUUUAUCAAGGGAAGCAGAUUCAUGGGUACGUUGUUAGGAAUGAGGCUCUGACUGUUUAUACAGGGACAGCUUUGAUUGAUUUUUAUGGAAAGACAAGUUGUUUAGAGAGUGCGAGGAAAAUAUUUAGUAAAAUGAUUGCUAAAAAGGUUUGUACUUGGAAUGCAAUGAUCUCUUCACUUGCUUCAAGUGGCAAAGAGGAGGAGGCUUUAAACAUGUUUGAGAACAUGAAGCUCGAAGGAGUGCAUCCUAAUGAGGUCACAUUUGUUGCUGUUCUAACAGCUUGUGCUCGCACCAAUCUUGUGGAGUUUGGUUUGGAAUUGUUCAAGUCAAUGGUAAGUAAAUAUGGAGUUUUACCAAUAAUGGAACACUAUGGUUGUGUGGUUGAUCUAUUGGGCAGAGCAGGUCUUUUGAAUGAAGCAACUGAGAUUAUUAGGACGAUGCCAUUUCAACCUGAUGGUUCUGUUUUGGGGGCUCUUUUAGGCGCUUGUAAGACUCAUGGGGCUAUUGAGCUAGGGAAUGAAGUAGGAAAAAGGCUACUAGAAUUACAGCCACAACAUUGUGGGCAAUAUGUGUUGCUAUCAAGCUUAAAUGCUGACUUAGAGAGAUGGGAUCAGGCUGCAGAUUUGAGGAAAGCAAUGGUAGAGGCUGGGAUCAGGAAAAUUCCAGCAUAUAGCUUGACUGGUUCCAUUUCGUUUGGUAGCAACUAAGGGUACUGCUCUGGACCUCUGGUGGUUGCGGGUUGCUUACCUAAAAGAGAUGAAGUGGCCGAAACAUCAAAGUCAAACCUAAAGAACUAGAAUGAUGUGGUCAUCAGCGCUUGAUGACACAACAUAACGUGGUUCUUCUCCUUCAGUAAAUCUGGCAGCUGAUCUAGUGGGGGUUGACCAACAUAAAAAAUGCAGGUACUUAUGUUUACAUCUGCCUGAUUCAUAGAUAAUAUGCCCUUUAAAGUUAUAAUGACUAACCAAAAGUAUUUUCUGACUUUAGUUGAAAAAUUAGUUAUAUGUGUAUUUUUAACCACUAGACUAGCAAAAUUAUGAGAAUGAUUAGUUGAUUUGCCGUAAACAAAUUGGCAUGAGACAUACUUGGAGGCUUUAGUGCUUGACUUUUCUUUUUUCUUUGAUUGCUCUGGCUAGAAUCAGAAUAGAACUUGUUCAAUUGA